AUGGAAGCACGGAAACUGGCUAACGGUGCCAUACGACAAGUGGCAUCAGGACCAUCAGGAUGGUUGAGGUCACCAGGCUACCCUAAGUUCUACAUAGGACCAGAACCCUGCGACUUCACUGUGUCGCUAGACCCUGGCCAGAAAAUGUCGCUCAGCUUCACCGACGUUCAACUCAAAGAGAGGGACGGCGGGGCAUGUCGGGACACGGUCACGGUGCAGGACGAGUCGGGGCGACUGUACCAGCGUUGUGGUACUCUGCACCGUCCAGAGCUGGUACAGUCAGAGCACCACAUCAUCAACAUCACUCUGCACACCGACCAGCAGAUGGUGCCCGCUAGGGGCUUCCUUGCAUAUUAUAAAGCCUUUGGGUGCCCAAAUCCUCCUGUGCCUGCGAACGCCACCGCCGUCUUCCGGAACGCCUCCCACGCGAAGCUCGCGUGCAGAGACGGACACGCCUUCGUCAGAGACGACGAUGGGGCGGUGGCCAAGUACCUCAUGCUGGAGUGUAGACAGCAGAUGUGGCCUGCUGUGGACGACUGCGUCGGCCUGCAAGAUCUGCUGGCGGCAGGCGAAAUCACACAAGACGAGUUCCAGCGUCUCUUCAAUGAGACGGCAAACGUCGAUAUCCUCGUGAAGUCCCAUUUUUCCCGCAUACUGGAUUAUUACAUUCCGGUGGCCAUAAUGACAGUGCUGGUGCUGGGCAACAUCAUCAUCAUCCUCACCAUCUUCUACUGUCGCAGAGCCCUGAAGGAGAUGGCGAGCGACGAGUGGGACUCCAUUAAGUCCAACCCCGAGCCCCCUGACGAAUGCGACCCCGACCCUACCGCCCCUAGCAGGGUCUAAGCGAACGACCCCGGCCCCCCACCCCCCGCAGGGUUUGAGAUAGCGACCCUGACCCCUCGCCCCAUCAUGGUCUGAGAUAGUGACCCCCCCUCCGCCCCCAGCAGGGUCUGAGAUAGCGACCCCGACCCUACCGCCCCUAGCAGGGUCUGAGAGAGCGACCCCGACCCUACCGCCCCAAGCAAGGUCUGAGCGAACGACCCCGGCCCUCCGCCCCCAGCAGGGUCUGAGAUAGCGACCCUGACCCCUCACAAUGGUGAUGAACUUCACUGUUGUCCUCAUAAGAGAACCUAGAGUCUUGUAAUAAUCAUCAUUGUUGAGGCUCAUUAAGCAAGUGUUACUCAAAUCCUUGAAAAUAAAUUGCAAAAGGCACUCAAGGUGGCCAAGCACCAUUUAUUAAAAUGUAAAAUUAUUCAUUAUAUUUACUUUAAUAACUUAAUAAACAUCAAUUGUAAUUAAUUUCGUGAGUUUCUGGAUUAAAUGCAAAUGUUGAAGCCUUCAUGUUGUUAGUGAUGCGAAGUUUGCCAAGUUAAGUGGCAUAAUUAGUACAAUGCAAAUUAGUUAAAUUGUAAAAGCAAAUUGUGCAAAACUUGCCGGCAUUUUACAUUUUUCUGGUGACAACGUUUCUGUGUGUGUUAAAAUUGUCGUGCCAUCGUGCGUUCAUAAAGAGCUUCAUGUUCAACGUAGUGGUCCAUUUAGAAGCCUAUGCUGUUAAUGUGAAUAUUGUUUAGAUUGUUGACAACCUCACCCAAGUCUGUCCCCUUCAACCUGUAUGUUCUUGAUGGUUGUAACGUUGCAGAAACUAAACAAAGUUUCGUGAAUUCACUGUAGAAACUUUCGGGUGAUGAAACAUAAUAUUUGAUUUUACUAUCUUGAAGACGUUAAAUGAAAUUAAACUUUUUAACGUACCUCAAAAGUCAUCACUAAUCUUUAUUAACAUAUGCGCAUGAUCAUCAGUGAACGUUCUGAUGAAAUAUAAACAUACAGGAUCCUCAAUCAUCUUACAAAAAAAAUCAUACGGCAUGUGAAGAUUGACAGCCAUGAUAAUAGCGAAACACGCACUUUUUCUUGAACAUUUCGAGCAAAGCGUGCAAAAAAUUCUUUACUUUUGAGAAAACAAAACCAAAAUCGUUCCCAUCAGACGCACUUGAAAGCGAACAGUGGUUGCGAACGCCUGUUACGAAAGGAUUUGCGAACGCCAGUUGCGAACAGCGUUUGUGAACGUCAUUUGCUAGCGUCAGUUGCAAAGAGCUGAUGCAAAAGCCAGUUACGAACAGCAGUGUCAAACAGCGUUUGUGAACAUCUUUUGCAAACUUCAGUUGCAAACAUCGGCUGCAAACGCCAGUUACGAACAACAGUGUCAAACAGCGUUUGUGAACAACAUUUGCAAAGGUCAGUUGCGAACAGCAGUUCAUGCUGGCAGUAGCGGUAGCAUACGCGUAACUCAAGAUUGAUAUCACCAGCAGCAGAGAGGUCUGUUGUCGCCGUGUAUACAUUGUAAGCCUAGACGCUUCGCCUUAAUAAAUUAACGUUGGAAAGUUAUUUUCGAUGUGGUUCGUUUGUAGACAUUCAUUGCUGUGUGUUCAGGGAUGCCUGGCUCAGUAUGUGCAUUGCUUAGCUACUAUAAAUAAUAAUUAAUGUUAUCUGUCGGUGCAGCUUUGCUGUCUUUGAAACCCAUAGCAAUAUAAUACUCGAGUCUAGUAUUGAUAAAGAAAAGAAGACCAUGCACUCAGGAAGAUAAAGGGCAUAUUGUCCCAAUAGCGAUCCAUGUUUUUACUCACAGUCCAAACAGAGAGCGGACCAACAGUGAUAUGCCCUUUUGCCGGGCCAAAUUGUGUCAGGAAGACAUACACGAGGGCGAAACGUGAAUCGCUAUUGGGACAAAGUCUCACUCAUUUUUCUGAAUGACAGUAAAUGUAUUCAUUGUUCAGUCAUGCAUGUUUGUAUUAAAAGUUCAUUUUAUGAA